AUGCCAAAGAAACGGGAAAAAGUUUCAAAACCAAAAAAGGAAAUUGUUGACCAAAAUGAAGCGAAAGUAAAUAGAAUCGGCAUAACAUUUGCUAUUUCGGCUCUUGUUAUUUUUAUUGGAGUUAUUAUUUCAAAUUUCGAUUUCAGAUCUCUUUUCAAGACAGAGGAGAUAUUAGAUUCGUCAGUAGUAGCAGACCAAGUAUUCCAGAAAGCAAUAAAAGCACUCCAAAAUCCUAAAAAUAGUGUAAAUUUGGUGACUUCAAUUAUUGACGUCGGAAAAAUGAUCAAUCAAACUAUAUAUCACGAAAAAGUUUUGAGUUUACUUAAAUCGACACAAUUUGUGGAAAAAGCAUGGUCAGCUAUCAAUUUAAUUUCAAAUGAUUGCUAUUUAGCUGACAACAGUCUUAAAGCAUCUACGAUUCUCUACAUCCUGCAUGAUGCUGCUAUUAUAGGAGCGAAUAUUGAUGUAGAACCACAAGUAAUUUCAAAAGUUCUCCAAAAUUGCGAGAAAUUGGAAGAUCCACCAAACGUUCUUCUUAAAACAAUAGACAUUAUAGCUAAAAAUAAGAAAGUUCCAUCAUCAAUUAUUCCUAGUUUGAUGAAAUAUUCGGACUCACUUGGUUUUGGUCCAUGGACUAAAACUAUUGCUAGUAUUAUGUCUAAUAUUGAUGUUGAUUCUUCAAAUGAAGCCUAUUUUACCUCAUUCCUUGAUUUUUCAUCGAAAUCAAGAGAAUCAUGGGGAAAAGAUUUUCAAAAGUAUUAUUGCAAGUUAGUUGGUCAUUCUAAGUAUACAAAAUCUGGUGAUAUAUGCACAGAUAAUCAAUGA